AUGCGUACACAAUGGACGAUGUUCGUCAUCAUACAAAAUUUACAUAGACAUUGCGAAAAGUGCAGUGUUUUUGAGAGAUUCCAGCUUUAUAAUGUUUCGUACGUGCCCGUCAUGAUUUUAAUGGCUCCCGCUGCUGUUUGCAUUUCUGCUUUUGAGCGAGCAAACACGUUUAACUUUCCUGAGGUUCAACAGAAGAACAUAUUUUCUGUUACAAUAUUCUAUGAAUUAUUAAUGUGA